AUGGCUGCCCGAGGGAGACGGGCGGAGCCUCCAGGCCGGGAGGCGCCGGGCCCCGCGGCGGGCAGCGGCGGCGGGAGCCGAUGGGCUGAGUCGGGGCCGGGGACAUCGCCCGAGAGCGGGGACGAGGAGAUGUCGGGCCCGGUGUCGGGCGGCGUGAACUUGUUCGCCAACGACGGCAGCUUCCUCGAACUGUUCAAGCGGAAGAUGGAGGAGGAGCAGCGGCAGCGGCAGGAGGAGCCGCCUCCGGGCCCGCCGCGACCCGAUCAGCCGGCCUCCGCCGCCGCCGGGGGUCCCGGGGAUCCGAAGAGGAAGGGCGGCCCGGGCCCCACGCUCAGCUUCGUGGGCAAGCGCAGAGGCGGAAACAAACUAGCCCUCAAGACGGGAAUAGUAGCCAAGAAGCAGAAGACGGAGGAUGAGGUAUUAACAAGUAAAGGUGAUGCGUGGGCCAAGUACAUGGCAGAAGUGAAAAAGUACAAAGCCCACCAGUGCGGCGAUGACGAUAAAACUCGGCCCCUGGUAAAAUGA